CAACGGCAGCGGCGACGCAGAAGGCAACGAGCUGACGGCAGUGAUACGAAGGUGGGGGAGCGCCUUCACGGUGUUCGAAGGUGCGGAUCGAGACACUCCCCUGUGGCAGAUCCAGAUAUGUCACGCCGGACGGAAUUCCUUCGGAUACCAAGUACUGGCAGUCGCCAGAGAAGCGGUACAAACCCAUCCGAACCCCAACGUCCGGGACCUUCAACAACUGGAGUCGAUUCUCCAGGUGCGGCUCCUGAACGGAGCGCCGCCCCAGAACGGUCCGUUGGACCCCGAUGGGACAGGGCUGGAAGCAUGGCAAGUCGUUUUGUACGCGGCCUCGGUUUCGGCGGCCUUGGAGUUCGUGCAGCUGGUACUGAGCCACAAAGUCACCAAGGGGCACCUGCUGCAACUACCCGCCCUGCAGGUCGCGAGUCCAGACGACUCGGUGGACGCCGUGGAGCUUCGCCAGCCCGCAGCCAGGACGACCAACAGCCAGGACUCGGGACAAGCAGAAGAGACGACCAUGGACGUCGGGGCCGACGACAGCACGGAGCCCAUCUACACCAUCAGCAUUUUCGGAGGGAUAUACCCGUACCGCGAACUCUUCGACGCGGCGAAUAUCUCUGGGGGCCACAUAGCGCAGCCGGGCGGCAAUCGCGACUACGUGCGCUUUCUGGAGGUGCACAACGACGACCAGGGCAGAAACAAGUUGAAGUCGAUCUUCGAGCAGGUCUUGCUCCACGUACCUGUGUAUCUCAUCGACUGCACCCAGACCCCGAACGACGAGAUGGUCUCCUGGCUCGGCGGCCUGCCCUCGAUGUUCGCUCGUGACUCCGUCAAGCAGAAUCAUUGCAAUGUGCGGCGCGGCGCACUGCACAGAGCCCGCCCCUCGAUCGGUACACAGAAGCAGAGACCAGUACGCGAAGCCGGCGAAGGGACCGGCGACGACGCGGGCAACGGCACGACGUGCUCCGGGCGUCAGCGUCCGACACCCGCACAAGGAGACAGAAUCAUGGUCAUGAAGGAAGCUUGGUUGCAGCUGGUCAUGAACCGUCUGAAGACUGUGGAACUCCGCGGUGCGCCGGCGGCGCUGGGGAAGACGUGGCUGGGCUGCAACGGCCAGAUUCACGGAGCCGCCAAUAUCGUCGACUGCAGCAUCAUCACGGACGAGGACUUCCAGACCGGGAGAAAACAGCACAGACAUUUGGGAGGCAUGCCCAGCUACAAGAAAACCUACGCUCUGACCUUGCAAGACGUGACUGCGCUUGAACCAUGCAUCGAUUACUAUCGACUGCCAGCCACGGCACCGUGGGCGGUCUAUCGCACCGGACCGACCAGCGGAGCACGUCGGUCGGGUGCGCAGAAAAGAACCCUGGAGCAAGCGCAGGACACGAAGCCUGGCGAGGGCGUACCACUGGGGUUCGGUGCCGGAGACAGCCCGUUGCCACUGGCAGCCGGCACGGAAGACCCGGCAGAGGCAGAGCCUUCGAUCCGGACAAGGGACCAGGCAGACGAGCGUAACGCCGAGGACAUCGAGUGA